AGGACCCAGUCUCUGGAUUGGUAUUAUAAUAAUGUCAAAAGCCGCUUUAAGUGUUUCGGAAGUGCCAAAGUCCUGAGGAACUUGUACAAGAAGCAUAGACUAGAGAGCGGAGUUUGUCCUGAUGCAAUAGAAGGAGGUUUUUUUGAAGGAAGCUUUGAAAAUGAAGGAAGCAUUUGUGGCAGUGACUCUACAUUCUACCGACAGACAGAAGGACACAGCAUGAUGGAUACCCUUGCUGUGGCCUUACGUGUUGCAGAGGAAGCAGUGGAAGAAGCUAUUUCUAAGGCAGAAACCUACAGUGACAGCCUGGACAAGCAGAAUGAGGCUUGUUACUUGCAGGAGCACAAGGAAGACCUCAUAGAAGAGCUGGCCACAACCAUUGUGCAGAAGAUCAUGAAGAAGCAGAAAAGCAAGACUGAGCAGGCUGAGGCUGACUUUGAAUGGCCACCAUCCAGGAGCAGCGGCCUGGCGUCUGUCGCUGUCUCAGAUCAGAGCAUGCUGACUUUUCCAGGGAGCCGCAGGGGGUCCUACACGUUAUGGAGGUCUCAGUCUGCAUUCUCCCUGGCUAGUGAAGAUAUGCCCAGUAAAGGACUAGACCCUGCAUCGUCUGUGACUGAGGCUCUUUGGAAGCAGCAAAAAGGACAAUUCAGGAAAGAGAAGGAACGCAAGCUCUCUGUGUUACCCAGCUGGAAAAGUGUGGACAGGCUAAAUGAAACAAAUCCACCUUCUGUUUUUCAAAGCACUGAUGGAAACUGGGUAGCUCUGCAGAAUGUUGCUCUGCCUCGUCCUCGAAUGCUCGCCAAACCAAAGAGUCAAGUGUUUGAAGCUUUGGAGAAUGAAUCCAGCAUUGUGUCUGCCUAUGAUGAGAUGGGCUCAGACAGUGAGGAUGACUAUGACUGGAACGUAGCCUUGAACAAGCUGCGUCGGAGACCUCGGCAAUUACCAGACGAUUUCUACUAUACCAGUUCCCAGUACGGUACUGAAUGGGUUUAUAGCAAUGACCAGUACCGGGCAGUGACCUCCCCUUCCUCUGGGUUAUACACCAAUACUGAGACACUGUUCUCCGAUUCUGAAACAUCUUCAGUAAACUCUUCCCAGGAAACUAAAGGACCUAGCAAACUUCUCUGGUUACAAAGCAGAACUCACAGUGAUAUGCCCAGAAUGGAAAAAAAACAUUUCCAUGGAGAACUGGAUGUAAAUUUCAAUCCACAGGCAACCAGCUUGGAGUACUCAGACAGCAGUGAGGCUGAAGAAGUCCAGUAUGAUUCAGAAAAGAGAUCAAGAAGGUGGAGGAAGAACAAAGCGAUUUCUGAAGAAUUAUGUGAAGGAAAAAAUCACACAAAAACCAACGAGAUGAAUUUAAGUCAGGAUUUUGAUGAUUUAUCAGAAACAGACAUAAGCAGUGAGGAUCAGCAUCAUAACAUCAAGCCUGACCUUACGGAAGAGGAGCUUAAAUCCAGGUUAUUUCAACUCGCUGCUAAAAUGAGUGACAAGGAAACAUCUUCUGGUGAAGAACAAGAGUCAGAACCUAGAACAGACCCUGAAAACCAUAAGGAGAAUUUGUCCUCAGAGGAAAAUGGCAGAAGUAUUCAGGAAGAGUUAAAGAAGAAGUACUCUGCUGUCUCUCUCUGCAACAUAUCUACAGAGGUCCUGAAAGUCAUCAAUGCCACUGAAGAACUGAUAGCAGAAUCCACUGCUCCCUGUGAUUUCCCAGCUGACAUUCAGGACAGAGGAAGAGGGACGUUCCCACUGGGGACAGACCCCGUCAGACUCGAUGAGCAGCUCACCACACUGGAAGAAAAUGUGUACUUGACAGCCAGCACGGUGUAUGGGCUGGAGGGGCAGCUGACCAACCUGGAGGAUGCCGCACGCAAGAUCAACAGCGUUACUGAGGAAUCCGAGCUGGCCGAUCUGGAAGAUCAGGUGGCCACAGCAGCCGCCCAGGUUCAUCACGCGGAGCUUCAGAUUUCAGAUAUUGAGAGCAGAAUAUCAGCUCUCACUGUUGCAGGCUUGAACGUGGCUCCAUGUGUUCGCCUGACAAGGAAACGGAAUCAAAAGCAAACAAACCAGAUGCAUACAAUAGACACAUCAAGACAGCAGAGGAGAAAACUCCCAGCUCCACCAAUAAAAGGUGAAAAAAUAGAUGGUUCUCCAGUUACCACUGUUAGAACGUUUAACAGAAACUUCAUACUUCAAGGAUCUCUAACACAAAGAACUAAAGAGAGGAAAAGCACUGCCAAGGACUUAAUGGAACCUGCUAUAGGAUCUGCUGUGAUGUACUAA